CAAGGGUCAUGUGACCCAUUUAUCACAAACAGCAAGGUUAGUGCUCAUAAACCCCUUUUACCACUAGCUGUCUCUCCUUGCACUGUGCGCUUUCAGCCAACUAGUACCCUGAAGUCCUGCGUCUGGUAAAGGAAUCAUGGCAGACCAGGCAUUUGUAACCCUUGCAACCAACGACAAUUAUGCCAAAGGUGCAAUGGUGCUCGGCAAAUCGUUAAGAAACCACAACACCUCAAGAAAGUUGGUUGUUCUAAUUGGCCCACAUGUUGCAGAACCCACCAGGGAUGUGCUGCAUAAGCUCUUUGACGAGGUGGUGCAGGUGGAUGUGCUGGACAGCGGGGACAUGGCGCACCUUUCCCUCAUGAAGAGGCCUGAUCUGGGCAUCACUUUCACAAAGCUGCACUGCUGGAAUCUCACACAAUACUCCAAAUGCGUGUUCAUGGACGCCGACACACUGGUUUUGGCAAAUAUAGACGAGCUGUUUGAGCGGGAGGAGCUAUCUGCUGCACCGGACCCUGGAUGGCCAGACUGCUUCAACUCUGGUGUGUUUGUGUUUCGGCCCUCUAAGGACACCUAUGGGAAGCUCCUGACACACUGUGAGGAGAAAGGCAGCUUUGAUGGUGGGGACCAAGGAGUGCUUAACAGCUACUACAGUGACUGGGCAACAGCAGAUAUAUCCAAGCACCUUCCCUUCAUCUACAAUCUCAGUAGCAUUGCCAUUUAUUCCUAUCUUCCGGCAUUUAAACAGUAUGGGCAUGAAGCCAAAGUAGUUCACUUCCUUGGCAAAGUGAAGCCAUGGAACCACACCUUUGACACCAAGAGCAAAUCUGUAAAGGGACACUCCCAGGACCCCUCCACCCUGCACCCCGACUACCUGCUGCAGUGGUGGGAGCUGUUCUCUACGUCAGUGUUGCCCCUGAUGAAGGAGGAGUACGGCGACAAGCCCUUCCACUCUGGAUGUGAAGCAGGGGAAGACGUCCAUGACGUGACCCCAAAGGUGCAUGUGUUCCAGCCUCCCGCGCCCCCUCAGAUCUCCAGUCAGCAACGUAAACAGCAGUGGGAACAGGGCCAGGCAGAUUACAUGGGAAUGGACUCGUUCGACAACAUUCAGAGAAAGCUUGACUCCUUCCUGAAGUAGGGACAGGACGUGGUGGUCUACAGAUUCCGUCUUAAAAGCGUGGCGUGAUGGAGGAUUCCACCAGCAGGAUAAAUGAAGAGUUCAAGUUCCAGUGUUAGAAUUGUCUUGAGAUCCAUGUGUCCAUCUCCCUUUCCUUCGGUCGGGUGUUUGUAACCUUAAAUAGGCACAACAGUGUAAUAAGAACAGACUGAAUCUUCCCGCCAUGUUUCUAUUGGCUCAUCACGACUAUGCAGCUCUCAUCAUUUAGAUUUCAUCCCAGACGCCUCACACUGUGAUGCACAAUUUAAACAUCUGAUGAACCUUAACCCAUUGAUGUCAGUUAGAAAUGUACCUCUCUCUGUUGUUAACAGCACCUACAGUGGGAUCUUGUGAAACAACACUCCUCAACUAAUUGUUUGCAUUUUUUUUUUUUUUUUUUUACUCCAGUGGUCUAGGAACCUAAAUUAAUACAUUGAAUGCUUAUGUCUACAUAAUGUAGCCAUUUUGUACAUGGUAUGCAUGACUAACACCCACUGGGGUGAGAAGGUUACUGACUGAAAGCCUUGCUGUUCUGUCCUAGAAGAUGAUACAAAUGUCCUAGAUGUUUUUCCACGUGUUUAACAGGUGCCUUAACUUGGUACUUUUUACAAGGAAGCCACCAUGCUGCUUCUGCCUCAAGCACACCCCUCAAGUAGUCCUUUGCACCAUGCAAUCGCCUCCCAGCACACAGCCACUCCAUCUUCCCAUCCAGCGUGUGGGUGAAGGCAUUGUCUUCUCACAAUUCAGUCCUUGGUUUGUCUUUUCUGUGACUGUGUGGUAAUGACUGUUUGGUAAUGUAACCCACCCCCUAACUAAGCCCUGCAUCUGCAAGCUCUGAAAUAAAGACAAGCAAUGACUGAG